AAAGGAACGCUCUCUUCGAUCAUCAGACUUACACUGCAAUUUUAUCCUGCCAUUACAACCGUUCCUCACCCUAAGGCCAAUUUCCCUCGCGCGAUUGGAUGAAACCCAGCCAUGAGCGCCAACUCGAUUGAGCGCACGACGCGUCUCCAUGAGCUCGACCUGCAGCAUCAACAAAACCGCCACAAAACCGAUCUCAUCAGCCGAGAUGAGGCCGCUCGCCGGCUGGAGCUCCGACUGCUGCUUCUCAAGGAUGAGAAGGUCCAGCUACAAGAGGAAUGCGCCGCGAAGGACGCAGAGAUCAAAGCUCUGUCGCAGGAUGGCGAACAGUUGCGCGUCGAGCUGAAUAGGAUCAAGGCUGGGGAUUCCUCCAAAGACGCGCAGGUGAACGGCACUGCGACCGAGAUGACUGGUCUGGCUACGCAGACCAAGUCCCCUGAAACCUGCAUGCAAGAUCUCAGCAAGGCUUUGGAUGAGAAUCUCGCCCUGACGAAAGAACUCCAGCAGCUGCGACCAGAGAUUGAGCUGUUACGGCAACAAGUGAAAAAGUAUGAGAGGAUGAUAGCCGAACAACGCGAAACCCAGCUUCAACAAGAGCAAUCUGAAAAGGAACCCGCGAAUAAGAGGCAAUCGAAAUCUGAAGGGUCGAAUGAAAAGGGCGAGGAUCUCGCGGCGCUUCGAGCAGCGUUGAAGAAGGCGACAGAAGAAUUAAACGAGGAGAAGAGACACCGGAAAACCAUGGAAUCGAACCACCAGGGGGAAAUGGACAAAUCGGAACGUCAGAAACACAGGCUGGAAGGAAAGAUCUCGACCUUGGAGGAGAAGCUGAAAGAAUCUCAGAAGGAGCUUCAGAACCUGCGGAAAGAUCUUGAGGCAUCUCGAUCAAGCGGCAAAGAAGAUGGUCCGGAGGAUGACACAACCAGCAACGCCCAAGGAGCGAGAGCGGGAUCCCGUACAAGGGGACAGUCUGCGGCGACUGAGAAGGAAAGGCUGCCUCGCAAGCACACAGCGAGGAAGCGUGCAACGGAACAAGCCAUGGUGGGGGAAAAAUCUACCUUUUCAAUCACACCGCUCCUCAACAAAACGACGGAGAGCACUGUCCUUAAGCUGCCGCUAGAUGAUGUACUUGCAUCAGCCGAAAAUGAUCCAUCACCAUUGCGGAUGGCAAACAAAUCUGAAGCCCCCGCAACAGCAACACUCAAUGUCGAGGACGAAACAACGACACCUUUGAGGCCUCGAGAGAAACUGAAUCCGAAAGCAAAGAACAAGCCAGUAGCCGAGGAAGGGGACAUAGGACAGGCGAAUCCCGAAGACAAAAAGGACGAGGCGGCGCCGAAGGCAAUACGCCCAAAGGAGACGGCUCCAUCCAAGAGGAUAAAGCUGCAUGAGCCUGUCGUCGCCGAACCACCUCCUCCUCCUGAAGCUGAGCACAGAAAGAGGAGAAGGAAACUCUUGAACAAGACUAACACCAUCCUAGAGGAAGACGAGACCGAAGAAGGUGCCCAUUCCUUGGAAGCCCAACCUGGCCGGACUAGGAAGUUCAAAUCUUCAGAGACAAGUGCUUUCAGCUCGCAGAUAGGUCUCAAGUGCCCUACAUGGCCAGGUAAACAAAGUAAAUACUACAUCUUCACGGACUCAAGCUGCAUCUCUCUUCUAAUAGUACUAUGUAGACUUCCGCUCUUCUUCAAGCCCACCCAAUUGCACCACUGGAAGGUCAUCAAAGUCCUCUAG